CGUAUAGACUACAGCCUUAUAGACUACAGCCCUAUAGACUACAGCCCUACAGAUUACAGCCCUAUAGACUACAGCCCUACAGACUACAGCCCUAUAUACUACAGCCCUAUAGACUACAGCCCUAUAGACUACAGCCCUAUAUACUACAGCCCUAUAGACUACAGCCCUAUAGACUACAGCCCUAUAGACUACAGCCCUACAGACUACAGCCCUAUAGACUACAGCCCAAUAGACUACAGCCCUAUAGACUACAGCCCUAUAGACUACAGCCCUAUAGACUACAGCCUUAUAGACUACAGCCCUAUAGACUACAGCCCUACAGAUUACAGCCCUAUAGACUACAGCCCUAUAGACUACAGCCCUAUAGAAUACAGCCCUAUAGACUACAGCCCUAUAUACUACAGCCCUAUAGACUACAGCCCUAUAGACCACAGCCCUAAAGACUACAGUCCUACAGACUACAGCCCUAUAUACUACAGCCCUAUAGACUACAGCCCUAUAGACUACAGCCUUAUAGACUACAGCCCUAAAGACUACAGCCCUAUAGACUACAGCCUUAUAGACUACAGCCCUACAGAUUACAGCCCUAUAGACUACAGCCCUAUAGACUACAGCCCUAUAGACUACAGCCUUAUAGACUACAGCCUUAUAGACUACAGCCCUAUAAAGUACAGCCCCUAUAGACUACAGCCCUAUAGACUACAGCCCUAUAGACUACAGCCCUACAGAUUACAGCCCUAUAGACUACAGCUCUAUAGACUACAGCCCUAUAGACUACAGCCCUAUAGACUACAGCCCUAUAGACCACAGCCCUACAGACUACAGCCCUAUAGACUACAGCCCUAUAGACCACAGCCCUAUAGACUACAGCCCUAUAGACUACAGCCCUAUAGACCACAGCCCUAAAGACUACAGUCCUACAGACUAUAAUCCUAUAGACUACAGCCCUAUAGACUACAGCCCUAUAGACCACAGCCCUAAAGACUACAGUCCUACAGACUACAGCCCUAUAUACUACAGCCCUAUAGACUACAGCCCUACAGACUACAGCCCUAUAGACUACAGACCUAUAGACUACAGCCCUAUACACUACAGCCCUAUAGACUACAGCCCUACAGACUACAGCCCUAUAGACUACAGCCCUAUAGACCACAGCCCUAUAGACUACAGCCCUACAGACUACAGCCCUAUAGACUACAGCCCUAUAGACUACAGCCCUAUAGACUACAGCCCUAUAUACUACAGCCCUAUAGACUACAGCCCUAUAGACUACAGCCCUAUAGACUAUAGGGAUGUAGUCUAUAGGGCUGUAGUCUAUAGGGCUGUAAUCUGUAGGGCUGUAGUCUAUAGGGCUGUAAUCUAUAGGGCUGUAGUCUAUAGGGCUGUAGUCUAUAGGGCUGUAGUCUAUAAGGCUGUAGUCUAUAGGGCUGUAGUCUAUAGCGCUGUAGUCUAUAGGGCUGUAGUCUAUAGGGCUGUAGUCUAUAGGGCUGUAGUCUAUAGGGCUGUAGUCUAUAAGGCUUUAGUCUAUAAGGCUGUAGUCUAUAGGGCUGUAGUCUAUAGGGCUGUAGUCUGUAGGGCUGUAGUCUAUAGGGCUGUAGUCUAUAGGGCUGUAGUCUAUAGGGCUGUAGUCUAUAGGGCUGUAGUAUAUAGGGCUGUACAGCCCUAUAGACUACAGCCCUAUAGACUACAGCCUUAUAGACUACAGCCUUAUAGACUACAGCCCUAUAGACUACAGCCCUACAGAUUACAGCCUUAUAGACUACAGCCCUACAGACUACAGCCCUAUAGACUACAGCCCUAUAGACUACAGCCCUAUAGACUACAGCCCUAUAGACUACAGCCCUACAGACUACAGCCCUAUAGACUACAGCCCUAUAGACUACAGCCUUAUAGACUAAAGCCUUAUAGACUACAGCCCUAUAGACUACAGCCCUAUAGACUACAGCCCUAUAGACUACAGCCCUAUAGACUACAGCGCUAUAGACUACAGCCCUAUAGACUACAGCCUUAUAGACUACAGCCCUAUAGACUACAGCCCUAUAGACUACAGCCCUAUAGAUUACAGCCCUAUAGACUACAGCCCUACAGAUUACAGCCCUAUAGACCACAGCCCUAUAGACCACAGCCCUAUAGACCACAGCCCUAUAGACUACAGCCCUAUAGACUACAGCCCUAUAGACUACAGCCUUAUAGACUACAGCCCUAUAGACUACAGCCCUAUAGACUACAGCCUUAUAGACUACAGCCUUAUAGACUACAGCCCUAUAGACUACAGCCCUAUAGACUACAGCCCUAUAGACUACAGCGCUAUAGACUACAGCCCUAUAGACUACAGCCUUAUAGACUACAGCCCUAUAGACUACAGCCCUAUAGACUACAGCCCUACAGAUUACAGCCCUAUAGACUACAGCCCUACAGAUUACAGCCCUAUAGACUACAGCCCUAUAGACUACAGCCCUAUAGACUACAGCCCUACAGAUUACAGCCCUAUAGACUACAGCCCUAUAGACCACAGCCCUAUAGACUACAGCCCUAUAGACCACAGCCCUAUAGACUACAGCCCUAUAGACUACAGCCUUAUAGACUACAGCCCUAUAGACUACAGCCCUAUAGACUACAGCCUUAUAGACUACAGCCUUAUAGACUAUAGCCCUAUAGACUACAGCCCUAUAGACUACAGCCCUAUAGACUACAGCCCUAUAGACUACAGGCCUAUAGACUACAGCCCUAUAGACUACAGCCCUAUAGACUACAGCGCUAUAGACUACAGCCCUAUAGACUACAGCCCUAUAGACUACAGCCCUACAGACUACAGCCCUAUAGACUACAGCCCUAUAGACUACAGCCCUACAGACUACAGCCCUAUAGACUACAGCCCAAUAGACUACAGCCCUAUAGACUACAGCCCUAUAGACUACAGCCCUAUAGACUACAGCCUUAUAGACUACAGCCCUAUAGACUACAGCCCUACAGAUUACAGCCCUAUAGACUACAGCCCUAUAGACUACAGCCCUAUAGAAUACAGCCCUAUAGACUACAGCCCUAUAUACUACAGCCCUAUAGACUACAGCCCUAUAGACCACAGCCCUAAAGACUACAGUCCUACAGACUACAGCCCUAUAUACUACAGCCCUAUAGACUACAGCCCUAUAGACUACAGCCUUAUAGACUACAGCCCUAAAGACUACAGCCCUAUAGACUACAGCCUUAUAGACUACAGCCCUACAGAUUACAGCCCUAUAGACUACAGCCCUAUAGACUACAGCCCUAUAGACUACAGCCUUAUAGACUACAGCCUUAUAGACUACAGCCCUAUAAAGUACAGCCCUAUAGACUACAGCCCUAUAGACUACAGCCCUAUAGACUACAGCCCUACAGAUUACAGCCCUAUAGACUACAGCUCUAUAGACUACAGCCCUAUAGACUACAGCCCUAUAGACUACAGCCCUAUAGACCACAGCCCUACAGACUACAGCCCUAUAGACUACAGCCCUAUAGACCACAGCCCUAUAGACUACAGCCCUAUAGACUACAGCCCUAUAGACCACAGCCCUAAAGACUACAGUCCUACAGACUAUAAUCCUAUAGACUACAGCCCUAUAGACUACAGCCCUAUAGACCACAGCCCUAAAGACUACAGUCCUACAGACUACAGCCCUAUAUACUACAGCCCUAUAGACUACAGCCCUACAGACUACAGCCCUAUAGACUACAGACCUAUAGACUACAGCCCUAUACACUACAGCCCUAUAGACUACAGCCCUACAGACUACAGCCCUAUAGACUACAGCCCUAUAGACCACAGCCCUAUAGACUACAGCCCUACAGACUACAGCCCUAUAGACUACAGCCCUAUAGACUACAGCCCUAUAGACUACAGCCCUAUAUACUACAGCCCUAUAGACUACAGCCCUAUAGACUACAGCCCUAUAGACUAUAGGGAUGUAGUCUAUAGGGCUGUAGUCUAUAGGGCUGUAAUCUGUAGGGCUGUAGUCUAUAGGGCUGUAAUCUAUAGGGCUGUAGUCUAUAGGGCUGUAGUCUAUAGGGCUGUAGUCUAUAAGGCUGUAGUCUAUAGGGCUGUAGUCUAUAGCGCUGUAGUCUAUAGGGCUGUAGUCUAUAGGGCUGUAGUCUAUAGGGCUGUAGUCUAUAGGGCUGUAGUCUAUAAGGCUUUAGUCUAUAAGGCUGUAGUCUAUAGGGCUGUAGUCUAUAGGGCUGUAGUCUGUAGGGCUGUAGUCUAUAGGGCUGUAGUCUAUAGGGCUGUAGUCUAUAGGGCUGUAGUCUAUAGGGCUGUAGUAUAUAGGGCUGUACAGCCCUAUAGACUACAGCCCUAUAGACUACAGCCUUAUAGACUACAGCCUUAUAGACUACAGCCCUAUAGACUACAGCCCUACAGAUUACAGCCUUAUAGACUACAGCCCUACAGACUACAGCCCUAUAGACUACAGCCCUAUAGACUACAGCCCUAUAGACUACAGCCCUAUAGACUACAGCCCUACAGACUACAGCCCUAUAGACUACAGCCCUAUAGACUACAGCCUUAUAGACUAAAGCCUUAUAGACUACAGCCCUAUAGACUACAGCCCUAUAGACUACAGCCCUAUAGACUACAGCCCUAUAGACUACAGCGCUAUAGACUACAGCCCUAUAGACUACAGCCUUAUAGACUACAGCCCUAUAGACUACAGCCCUAUAGACUACAGCCCUAUAGAUUACAGCCCUAUAGACUACAGCCCUACAGAUUACAGCCCUAUAGACCACAGCCCUAUAGACCACAGCCCUAUAGACCACAGCCCUAUAGACUACAGCCCUAUAGACUACAGCCCUAUAGACUACAGCCUUAUAGACUACAGCCCUAUAGACUACAGCCCUAUAGACUACAGCCUUAUAGACUACAGCCUUAUAGACUACAGCCCUAUAGACUACAGCCCUAUAGACUACAGCCCUAUAGACUACAGCGCUAUAGACUACAGCCCUAUAGACUACAGCCUUAUAGACUACAGCCCUAUAGACUACAGCCCUAUAGACUACAGCCCUACAGAUUACAGCCCUAUAGACUACAGCCCUACAGAUUACAGCCCUAUAGACUACAGCCCUAUAGACUACAGCCCUAUAGACUACAGCCCUACAGAUUACAGCCCUAUAGACUACAGCCCUAUAGACCACAGCCCUAUAGACUACAGCCCUAUAGACCACAGCCCUAUAGACUACAGCCCUAUAGACUACAGCCUUAUAGACUACAGCCCUAUAGACUACAGCCCUAUAGACUACAGCCUUAUAGACUACAGCCUUAUAGACUA